AUGUGGUAUAUGUGUCACCAAAACUUAAAAAGCUCUAAAUCUAUUGUUAAUGCAGACACUCAUCAAAGCAUUGAUGAGGAAAAUAGUUUGAAAGAAAGUAAACAUUUUGAUUUAUGCGAACCUUUAGAUAGUCCGAUACAACUGAACGAACGAUUCCGCCUUGUUAUGAGGUUAUUUGAUUUAAUGUUAUUACUCUUAUUAAGACUUAUGCAACUCAAUCCUUUAAAUGGAAAUGAGUAA